CCUAAAGUUUACUUCUAUCCUCAUUCUCUUUAAACUAUUUCUGUUUGCCUACGAAUAACCCCACUUGCCCGGUCUCCUAAAGUUCAAUAUAUAAACCUAGGGCGAAGAAGAACCUCGCGAUUUUUCAUCAUAGCUGUUCAAUUGAUCCUCUCAGAUACUGAAUGAUACAAAAUGGCUGAGAUAAAGUCAUCCGGGAGACCAAUUGAUCUAUUGCUGGAGAAGGUUCUGUGCAUGAACAUACUUUCUUCUGAUUACUUUCGAGAUCUCUUGGGAUUGAAAACGUACCAUGAAGUGAUUGAUGAGAUUUAUGUCACUGUUACACAUGUCGAGCCAUGGAUGACUGGGAACUGCCGUGGACCGUCAACCGCAUAUUGCCUUCUUUACAAAUUCUUCACUAUGAAGCUCACUGUCAAACAGAUGCAUGGCCUGUUGAAGCACCAAGAUUCCCCUUACAUAAGAGCAAUUGGGUUUCUGUACUUAAGGUACGUUGCAGAUCCAAAGACAUUAUGGAGUUGGUACGAACCAUACCUGAAAGAUGAUGAGGAAUUUUCUCCCGGGUCAAAUGGCAGAAUGACUACAAUGGGUGUGUAUGUGCGUGAUUUACUUCUCGGACAGUACUAUUUCGACACGCUCUUCCCGCGCAUUCCUGUGCCCGUCAUGCGGACGAUCGUCUCAAACCUCGAGAGCAUGAAGCUGCCAACUAAGCACUGUGGGGUGACGGGCGAGACGACCCGCGGGUCGGACGAGACAGCCCGGCGUCCCCCUUCAGUCAAAGCUUCUCUCUCUGUCUCCUUUGGCCAGCGGGCCCCACAUCGGGCCUCCACCCGUGACUCAUCCCCUGUCAGGCGAUAUUCGGUUGCCCCAUCUGAAAGGGAAAGGGAAAGGGAAAGGGAAAGGGAAAGGGAAAGGGGAAGGGAUAGAGAGAGAUACAGGAAAUAUGAUUAUGAUAGGCAUGGGAGAGAGAAUUAUCGUGAGAGGAGGGAUCGUGAGGAGCGCUAUCGUGUGGGCAGGAGCAGGAGCAGGAGUAGGAGCAGGAGUCGAAGCAGAUAUGAUAGAGGUGAAAGUGAGAAGAAUCGAUUGAGUCCGUCUGUGAAUGGGGAAAAGAGUAGGAAGUCUGCUGCCAGUAAUCUUGCCAAGCUUAAGGAUUUGUAUGGCGACUUGAACGGGCAGAAGGAGGAUAGGAGAGAAAACCAUUCAGGUGGUACAGAGGAGGUUAUCAGGCUAGGUGGGUCGAGUUGGAGGUAGGAGAUGGAUUAGUUGGUUGACUUGAUGGCUGGGAAAUUACCCUCUUACCCUUGUAAUUUUAGUUGUGUUUCGUAUGUUACUAUGUUUCAAGCUUUUGAUGGUAUUUGGGAAUAACUAUUGUUGCGAGGCCUUGGUUGUUUGCAGUUAUUUUUAAUUAUGCGAAUCGUCUGUAGUGGUUUGUGUACUUUUCAUGGGCGUCUUUAUUUAGUUGCUGUCUCAAUAGGUUCCUCUGUAUGAAUCUGAGUGUUUCUUAUUUAAGUUGAAUUGUAGAAAAUCUAGUAUAAUGCAUGCACAAUUGUUAUCAGUGAUUUGAUAAAUCUUUGCAAAACGUAUCAUGC